AUGGCACCGGAGCUUGUCAACACCUCAGUCGCCGGAAAACCAGCCGCCGUGACGAGGAAGCCCGACGGCAUUCCGGGACGGGCGUACGUGACGUUCCUCGCGGGAAACGGAGACUACGUGAAGGGAGUGGUGGGUCUGGCGAAAGGGCUGAGGAAGGUGAAGUCGGCUUAUCCACUGGUCGUGGCGGUAUUGCCGGACGUACCGGAGGAACAUCGAAGGAUACUGGAGGAACAGGGUUGCAUCGUCCGAGAGAUCGAGCCAGUUUACCCGCCCGAGAACCAGACCGGGUUCGCCAUGGCUUAUUACGUCAUCAACUAUUCCAAGCUUCGUAUCUGGGAGUUUGUGGAAUACAGCAAGAUGAUCUACUUGGACGGAGACAUUCAAGUGUACGACAACAUAGACCACUUGUUCGAUCUGUCUGGCGGCCAUUUCUACGCAGUGAUGGACUGUUUCUGCGAGAAGACGUGGAGCCACACUCCUCAGUAUAAGAUCGGGUACUGCCAACAAUGCUCGGACAAGGUCCAAUGGCCCGGCGAGCUCGGCGACCCGCCGGCUCUCUAUUUUAACGCCGGAAUGUUCGUCUUCGAGCCAGACCUCGACACAUACGAGGAUCUCCUCCGAACCCUCGAGAUCACACCUCCAACUCCCUUCGCCGAACAGGACUUUUUGAACAUGUAUUUCAAGAAGAUAUACAAGCCGAUUCCGUUGAUAUACAAUCUCGUCCUGGCCAUGUUGUGGCGUCACCCUGAAAACGUCGAACUCGGCCAAGUCAAAGUGGUCCACUACUGUGCAGCGGGAUCGAAGCCGUGGAGGUACACUGGGGAAGAAGAGAACAUGGAGAGGGAAGACAUGAAGAUGCUGGUGAACAAGUGGUGGGACAUUUACGGCGACGAUUCCUUGGAUUACAAGAAAUCCGUUGCAGCCGGUGACGGAGAGGCAGAGCCCGUGAAUCUAAAGCCGUUCAUCGAUGCACUGUCGGAAGCAGGACAACUCAACUUCGUCACCGCACCUUCCGCUGCUUGAGCUCCACGGUUAAGGGAGGAUCUAUCUUAUAUACCGUGAGGAAUUUUAUAUUUUUUUUGCUUUUAGGUCUAUGCUCUAAUUGUAAUUUCCGUUUUCCCAACUGAAUCAUAUAUAACAAAUGGAGCUUACCUUACAAUUCUGAUAUUCGAAUCAUAAUAUCGGCCGACAU